CUCCAAGAGAGCUGCUAGACUCACGUGAUGCAUUCAAGUUUGUAAGUUAUGGACACACUUUAAUCGGCUGGAGAUCACCCACAAAGAAGGGUUUAAAGAAUGCGUUAUAUAAAAUAUUUUCACUCGUCGUAAUUGCUAUAAAUACUUAUCUACCAAUUUCAAUGAUGAUAAACUACAUAAGGGAAUUUAAAAACAUGACACCAGGAGAACUUAUCACAUCGGUUCAGUUGAUGUUCAAUUUACCCAACUGCUAUAUUAAGGCUGCGAUUCUCUACUUUAAUCUGUGGAGGUUGGAAAAGGCUAAAGAAAUGUUGGAUGAGAUGGACAAGAGUUGCACUAGACAAGAAGAGAAGUUGCAAGUACAUCGAUCUGUUAUACGCUGCAACACAAUUUACCUCGCUUUCAUGUCCGUUUAUAAUUUCUAUCCUCUAUCAACGUUUGCUAAUGGAAUAAUCAAUGGAGUCACGCCUUGGAGCCUUUAUAUCCCAUUCUUAAACUGGCGUGAUGGAACCCGGCAACUCUGGCUAGCGGCGAUUAUUGAAUAUUUCUUAGUAAUUUUUCCAGUCUAUUAUAAUAAUGCAACUGAUAUCUAUCCUGUAAUUUAUGGACAAACUAUCCGAUUGCACUUCGAUCUAUUAAUAAAACGCAUUCAAAGAUUAAGAUGCGACGGUGAUAAAACUGAGGAUAAGAACUACGAAGAACUGACUGGAUGUAUCAAGGAUCACAAACGCAUAUUAGAAUAUUGCGACAUCUUGAGGCCGCUCAUUUCAAGCACGAUCUUUUUUCAGUUUUUAGUUGUGGGCAUGGUAUUAGGACUUACCUUUACCAAUCUCAUUUAUUUUAGCGACUUGUUGUCGGGGAUUGCAAAUCUUGCCUAUAUUUUUGUAUAUUUUCCUGCUGUUUACAACAAUGCGGCAGAUAUCUACCCUGUAAUCUAUGGAUUGACCAUUCGUCUGCACAUAAAUCUGCUAAUCAAACGCAUUGAACUAUUAAGAUGCGAUGAUAACAGAAGCGAGGAAGAACACUACGAGGAGUUGACUGGAUGCAUCAAGGAUCACAAGCGUCUUUUAGAGUACUGCAACAUUUUGCGACCUUUGAUCUCUCGCAUUAUCUUUGUGCAGUUUAUUAUGGUCGGCAUCAUAUUUGGUCUCUGUAUGACAAAUUUAUUCUUUUUCGCCGACAUGUGGACUUGCAUUUCUACUAUGUCGUAUAUUUUUGGUUGCAUCUUUCAAACAUUUCCCUUCUGCUACAUCUGCAACAUGAUGGAGGAUGCUGUAAGCGAUCUUACUUUGAGUAUAUUUCAAUCAAAUUGGCUUGGUGCACCUCGUCGUUAUAAGUCCUCACUUCUCUACUUCAUGCAUCAAUCUCAACAACCGAUUAAGUUUACAGCUGGCAGCAUUUUUGAAAUCUCUUUGGCCACUAACAUAAAUCUGGCUAAGUUUGCCUUCACGGUGGUUACAAUUGUGCAACAAUUCAACUUGGCUGAGAAGCUGGAUCGAAAAUGAAGCAAGAAAUGUUCAGAAUUUGCCA